AUCUAUAAAACUCUUCAGAAUUGCCCAUAUAAAGGUCUCCAUGGAGGAAAUCAUCAGAAUUGUCUGUGGCUCUUUAAGGACCUUCCUGUUCUCCAGGGUCCGAUUUUUCAUGCAUCGCUUCUUGCCCAUAUCUUUGCAUAUGAAGGCCUUAAGUAGCACAUUGGUUGAGCCAGGGGCGCUGUGCGGGGAGAAACUCGGAGAUUAGACGCGCGUCUCCGUCCAUUCAGCAGCAGCGGCAGCAGCGGACAGCAGCCAGCGCUCCCUCCGCUCGGCUCCGCUCCCUCUGUGGGCGGUGUUUCAAACAAGCGGAUUCGGGAGGAACGUGGGAGCUGUCAUUGCUGUAAGACACAUUUGCGGGGACCAGCAUCACCGUUGACAGCAAUUACAAGUGCUGGGAUUUCUGUUUGUUUAAACGAUCACUUCUUGAUAGGUGCCUUCAUAACAUGCUGCUCCACACAUGAUCAAAUGUAUCUUGUUCAUAUUCGCCAGAUCUGAAGGGGGAGAGACACGAGCUGAUCAUGAAGUGGGAUAUUUUACUCUUCUCUCGUGUUUCACAGUAAAAUUCCGGAUGCAUCAACUGAACGAAGGUGUUUUCCGUUGGAUUAACGAGGGACACUGUUUUUCAUACUUAUUCACCGUGCGCGAGCGCUGAUUUGUUGCCGUUUUUUUUUUUCGGGAAACAAAGAUGUUUUUGUGAAGUCACAUCGUGUCGUUCUCUCAGCCUAGUACCUCAAUUGCAAAAAUGCUGUGGUGCUGAUGAGAGACUGCUCGUCUGUGACAGUUUUUCCACAGCCCACAAUGAGAAACAAACAGCUCUCCGCGUAAGCGAUGGAAACACUGUGAGGCUUCUUGCUGAACUUGAGAAGCAGCAACAGCGACUGCAACAGUCUCGACACCCCAGAAAUCAACACAUGAUAAUGGUAUGGGCUUCUGAAGUCGAUUGGAGCAUGGAGUCCGCGCACCAGGCAGGCUAGGAGGUUUUUCAAUUUUUUGCGAGACGCGCUAAGAACCCUGUUUUAACCCCCCAUCCUGAAAUGAGGCAAAAUGUUGAUGUGUGACAGAGGAGUCCAAAUGCUCAUCACCACAGUGGGCGCUUUCGCCGCGUUCAGCCUGAUGACUAUCGCUGUGGGAACGGACUACUGGCUGUACUCUCGAGGAGUGUGCCGGGUCAAAAGUAAUAACGAGAACGAGACGAGCAGGAAGAACGAGGAAGUCAUGACCCAUUCAGGGCUUUGGAGAACCUGCUGUCUAGAAGGAACGUUUCGAGGCGUCUGUAAGAAGAUUGACCACUUUCCGGAGGAUGCAGAUUAUGAGCAGGAUGCAGCCGAGUAUUUACUACGAGCAGUGAGAGCGUCCAGCAUCUUCCCCAUCAUGAGCGUCGGGCUCCUGUUCAUGGGAGGUUUGUGUGUGGCUGCUAGCGAAUUUUACAGGAGCAGACACAAUGUCAUCCUCAGUGCCGGAAUCUUCUUUGUCUCUGCUGGCCUAAGUAACAUCAUCGGUAUUAUCGUGUAUAUAUCCGCCAAUUCGGGCGACCCCGGGCAGAGUGACUCCAAGAAGAGCUACUCAUACGGAUGGUCUUUCUACUUCGGCGCCCUGUCAUUCAUAAUGGCCGAGAUGGUGGGUGUGCUCGCCGUGCACAUGUUCAUCGAAAAACACCGAAAGCUGCGCGCCAAGUCUCGCACCGAGCUGAUCAAGAAGUCGGCGUUCAGUCGCAUCCCCAGCUACCGCUACCGAUUCCGCCGGCGCUCCAGCUGCCGCUCCAGUGAACCUGCCUCUCGUGACGCUUCGCCCAUGGGGAAAAGUGGCUACACAGGCCCUGCCGCAGCAGACAUCUCCAUGUACACCCUAUCCAGGGAUCCCUCCAAGGCGGCAAUGGGUGCCUUGCUUAACUCCGAGAGGGAGUUUUUGCAGGCGCACAACUCCAACGCUAAGGACUUCAAAGAUGCGGCCAACAGGAGGACCACUCCAGUCUGAAAGAGAGUAUAAGCACAGAGAAAGUGCCAAGACCACAGACUUGAGCUGGAAGAAGAAUUCACUCGAGGCCUGCAGGGCUAUAACCCUCUUUCUAUAACAGUAUAUAUAAAUAUAGAUGGUAAUUGUUAGAUCAUUGGUGCUUCCUUUUAAUCCUCAUUUUUCAGUCACUGUUUUUUCUGUCGUUCCACUUGACUCACACACACACACAGAUCCCUCCCCCUAAGGGCUACUGGAGUAGAAUGCUAGUCCUCUCCUCAGUGUCCAAUGGAGAUCCUCAAGGUAGCCCAGCGAAACUGUGAUGAAGCCCUCUGAGGGGGAGGAUUGUAACGCAUCUGACAGACGAACCGAAAGGCUGUCCCAAUACUCGCCUUAUGCACAGCUCAGUAGCCCAUAGCUGGUGAGUGGCGCCUCACGCUCACAAGAUUGUAUACAUUGUUGGUUUUUCUCCCCGGGUUGGAAACUUGUGCCACCUUCUCAUGCUGAUCACCCCACUCAUCCCACCUACACGCUGCCCACUUGGCCGGGCCUUGCAUGCCAUUCACACAGAUCCUUUAUUUAUUUAUUUUUUUGUUUACUCCCAUUGUUUCCAUUGCAAACAGCCCCAGAUUCCCCUGCAUUAAGUUUUAUAACAGGGUUAAAAUGCUUGUUAUUAAAAUGAUCUUUUAGCCCACCAAAGGUUUUUGGUAUUACAUUUGUUUCGUUUUAAAUGUACUGAGAGGGUUUUUUUGUGAUUUACAAUGAGAUACUAUUAAUAUAUAUUAAAACACCUUAAUAUUAGGUUUAUCGGAGGCCCUUACGCAUAUUAAUAUGGAUAUUGUGUUCAUAUUUUUGUUCAUCUGUUAUCAAAAGAAAAGCAGUUGGCUGCCAAAUGUAAAUUUCUUAAUUGUGUAUAGUUGAAGUAUUUUUAGAGAAAAUAUUGUUCAUACAUUUACCAUCAAGAGUUUAUAGAUAUAUAUAUAUAUAUAUUAAAAAAAAUGUUUGAACAUUAUGAAAACAAAAGGAACUGCCCAGUGUAUUUGAACCAUUCGCAUAUCAUGAAAAGACAAGCCUUGAAAUGGACUGAUAUUCAGGUUCCAGUCCAAACACACAAACAACACAACAACAAACGCUACGAAUGCUUACGAACAUGCAGCAUCUCUUUCAAAAUAUAUACUACUCAUCUACUAUCUACAUUAAUGCUACAUCCACGCUAUACUGGACUACAAAAUAUAAACGUAUACUGUACUUUAGUUGCUUAGUUAAUAUGAAUAUAAACUCCAAGGGCUUUUGGUUUUCAGAUAAAAAGCAUACAAGGGCUUUAAAGAAUUUCAGCCAACCGAGAAAACAACUAAUUUGCCCUUAAAAUAGCUGAACCGAAAAGCAUUUCUUUACCUUACGAUAUUAAUUUAUGCAAAACAUAUUCAAACGUGAUGAUAUAAUGUAUACAAGUUUUCCUUUGCAUUGUCACGAUUAUUAAUCCCUGUGUCGGUUAGCUAGAAACGGAAGUAGAUCCUGGAACAUCUAUAAUAAUGUAGGUUUCACCUCAUUUCAGAAUCCCCCAAGAGCUGACGUGCAUGUACUUUAGCCUCCAGAUUCAUGCAAGCCAGAUGCUCAUCUCCAGUUUUAUUUCAUUCUGCUUAUCGAAGUCAUGCUAGCCUCACUGGGAAUAUUACUGUAAAUGUUGCCUUUUGUUUGGAUCCACUUUUUGUUGUGAAAUUGUGCUGUUCUGGGUCCAAAACUUAAGUGUUUCAUAUUUGAAGGCGUCCGCCGGAGUGCUUUUGGCACAGCUGAACAGUUCAACCCUUCAAGUCUCUCUCAGAGCACCUAGUGCCUGUCUCUUCUGCCUACUCCGAGCGCCCGUCGCCGGGUCUCUCACUUUCGCUCGCUUUUGCUCCUUCAUCUCCAUCACUGCCUCGCAUCAGCUCCUCUUUACCAGGACUGUUAUUGCUCAGCAGAUCACAUCCAUUGAGUUUUAGGCCCCGUCACUCACCACUUAGGCCUGCAACAUUGUGUACGUGACCUCUCAAUGAAAACAGCAGUCUCAGCUUGAUACAUGCUGUAGAAAAAAAGCACACCUUUUAAAUACAGUAGUUUACAUCAAUAAAGAUAAUAGUCGGAGAGUAUUUAAAGAUUUAGACAAAUAAAGUCCGUUUUAAGAAUGCCAA